GUGUACGAUGCGAAAGUGUUAGUUUAUUGGACUGAAGUCGAGUAGAGUUGCUUUGCGAGUCGGGACAUUGUAAACUAAUUCUGACCUUAGGGAGUUAUUGAUGUUGGUGUCCCUAAGUGAGGAUCAUAUACACAUUGACAGUAGAACGUGCCGAGAAGAUCAUGUAUGUCGUGUGUGCCGACAGAAUGAUCAAAGCGAAUCAGUUGAUGUCUGAACUAAUUCGUAAGUUUAUCCAGGUUGAAAACAGUGACCCCAAUCCAAGUCAACUUUGCACUGAAUAAACUGAAUUUUGGAAUCUAGGAGGCAAGUUUGAAGAGGAUAUCUAUCGGUAGGAAAUCAAAACACCAUUCGACAGAAGCUCGCGAACAAAAUGUGCCAGCUCCACUCACCUGUCCACAAAACUAGUUGCAUCGACAUUAUAUGUUCGUAGGUGUAGCUAAGAUAUAUAGAGGCAAGCAGCUGGAGAAAAUGCAAGGAGCAUAAAAUCUUUGUUAGAGUCCUGUGAAAGGAAGUUUUUUGUUUUUUGACGGAUCUGGUAGUUGUCUUGUUCAACAGAAAACUGGGCCUUGAAUGGACAAAAAUUGAAAAUCUCAUGAAACUUCAAUUUCCCUUUUUUUAUUGGAAAUAUCUGAACCUAAUUCGGAUAAAGCAGCUGCCGCCGCUGCCCUCCGUAUCUGCCAUCUCUGGGUGCAUCUCUCUGUCUCUGUUUUCUCUCUGUCUCUAUCCAUCUCCAUCUUUGGUCUCUUACUCCCUCUUGUCUCACAGCUCCAACUGUUGCUGGAUGGUUGAGCUCCUUGCCACAACAAAGCUCGAUGCUGUUCAAGUUUCGUCUGGUCUCCCUCGACGAGCUGUAUCUCAUCGACAGCAGUGAAUUCAGUGGCUUUCACCCACUCGAUGGCCUCAAAGGCGUCGAGCUCCAUGCCAUCAAGGGAGCUUGACGCUGGGGGAGCUUCUCGCUGUCACAAUCACAAGAACAAGUGAUUUCCUCAGAUAUGUGCUAUGUGCUAUUGGCAUUAUGCGGAUUAGCUAAUCCUUGUACUUCGUGCUCUUUCAGGUAAUUAUUCGUGUUGAUUUGCAAUAAGCAAAUCGAGAUCUUCAAAAAGAAUAAUGUUGGCUCUUGACACCUCGAAGAAACUAUCCUUCAAUAAGCUCAUUGCCGAUGGAGAUUUGGUGAUUGUGUACGAGAGACACGAUACAAUGAAGGCUGUUAACGUGUGCGAGGGGUCAGUUUUCCAGAACCGUUUCGGCGUGUUCAAACAUUCCGAUUGGAUAGGGUUACCCUUUGGGUCCAAGGUGUAUAGCAACAGGAGCAGAUAUGUCUACUUGCUGGCUCCUUCUCCGGAGUUGUGGACUCUGGUAUUAAGCCACAGGACUCAAAUACUUUACAUCACGGACAUAAGCUUCGUGAUCAUGUACUUGGAAAUAGUUCCUGGUUGUCUGGUUCUCGAAUCGGGAACAGGAAGCGGGUCGUUAACCACAUCGCUGACAAGGGCUGUGGCUCCUACAGGUCAUGUGUAUACAUUUGAUUUUCAUGAACAAAGAGCUGCAUCUGCUAGGGAGGACUUCGAGAGAACAGGAGUGAGCAGCAUGGUCACGGUUGGGGUUAGGGACAUCCAGGGCAAGGGAUUUCCUGAUGAACUCUGUGGCAUGGCCGAUGCUGUGUUCUUGGACCUCCCGCGACCUUGGUUGGUCAUAGUGUCUGCUGCGAAAAUGCUCAAACCAGAUGCCACUUUAUGCUCUUUCUCACCUUGCAUUGAACAAGUGCAGCGCUCAUGUGAAGCACUCAGAAUGAACUUUACUGACAUACGGACCUUUGAGGUGCUUCUUCGCACAUUCGAAGUUCGGGAGGCUAAGAUCAAUAGUAUGCGAGGUAAGGGAGGCAGCCCUCGUCGGCAGCCUCCAUGCAAGAGAAGGCAGACUAGUGAAGGAAGCGACAAGCAGGAGAGCAUGAGUUCAGUUGUCAUGGCAAGGCCGUCUGCUGAAGCCAGAGGCCAUACCGGGUAUUUGACAUUUGCCAGACUCAAAUGCUCCACAUAAAAGCUGUAGCAAGCCUGAGAUACUAUGAAGAGUUAUGCGUGCAUAUUCAAAUCUCUACGGGAAUUCCCUCUUCGGAAUAUUUGUGGUUGGUUGGUGGCUCUGUCUGUUCUUGACUCAGGCAACCUAGAAUUGCCGCCUCCCGAAUUGAUAGGAGUUGCGAUAUUUGCUCACAGAGAGCUUGUUCGAAGGUGCUCUAUGAAGAAGCUCCAGAGUUGCAUCUCAAAUCAGGGAACUUUAGGCCCGAAGAGUCUUCUCCUUUCUGCCAAUCCUCAUCUCUGAUAUACUUUCAUUUCGCAUUCUUUUGUGCAAUAUCUGAGGUUUACCGGAGUUGAGGUUGGGGCCAUUGCUCACGAGGACCGCAAGAACGUCUCAGCUGAUGAUAAGGAACGCGAUUCUUUAAAGAUCUCUUUCAUCCUAGUUCUAAUAUGCCGAUGUUUGACUGUUCUUGCGAUAUGUUGCACGAUAUACUCCGCAAAACAGAGGACGUCUAUUGACACCCGGAAUCGUAAUGCCGAUGACUAGUUCGUCCUAGUUCUGAUAUCCUGAUGUUAACUGUAAUAGGGAUUUGUUGCGCGACAUAUAUAUUUUAUAUUCCUCUCUGGAUGGA